UGUACCCAGGGAGGGAGGAGAACGCAUGCCGCGCCCCUGAUCCUCGGCCUUUUCCCCCGCGCGACAGCGGCGCGGCCUUGGAGUGGCUGACAGAGCGGCCCCUAAUGGGCGAACUGGACCAGGGCCCACCGGCCGGGCGGGGUUGAGUCUGGGGCGGAGGGGAGUGUUCUGUGUUUGGCCUGGAACUGGGUUAGGCGCUUUCCACUUGUUGGUGCCAAAGAAUGUGUGGCUAAGGUGCAGGUGCACCCACUUCCCCAGAUUGUGAGACUUGGAGGCCGUGAUCACGCCCCUCCCCGAGACGGAACAGGAGAUCAUCAUUCAGUUUCAUCAUGAUCUAAGCCUCAAAACAGAGCAAAAUAAACAUGGAAAAUGAACCAGACCAGGAAAAUGUGGAGCAGAGCCUCUGUGCCAAGACUGCUGAUGAAGAGCUGAAUAAGCCUUUCAAUCUUGAAGCUUCGCUUUCAAAAUUCUCUUACAUAGAUCUGGACAAGGAACUAGAGUUCAAAAAUGAUCUGAUUGAUGAUAAGGAGUUUGAUAUUCCUCAAGUUGAUACUCCCCCAACACUGGAAAGCAUACUAAAUGAAACUGAUGAUGAAGAUGAAUCUUUUAUUCUUGAAGAUCCUACAUUGUUAAAUAUUGAUACUAUUGAUUCUCACUCCUAUGAUACAUCGUCUGUGGCAAGCUCAGAUAGUGGCGACAGGACCAACUUGAAAAGGAAGAAGAAAUUACCUGAUUCUUUUUCACUCCAUGGAUCAGUUAUGCGACAUUCACUUUUGAAGGGAAUUUCUGCUCAGAUAGUGUCUGCAGCUGACAAAGUAGAUGCUGGCUUGCCUACAGCAAUUGCAGUGUCCAGUCUGAUAGCAGUGGGUACAUCUCAUGGAUUGGCUUUAAUAUUUGAUCAGAAUCAAGCUUUGCGACUCUGUCUGGGUAGCACUAGUGUUGGUCAGUAUGGAGCCAUCUCUGCCCUCAGUAUCAACAAUGAUUGCUCACGACUUCUCUGUGGCUUUGCUAAAGGACAGAUCACUAUGUGGGAUUUGGCCAGUGGGAAGCUUCUAAGAUCAAUAACAGAUGCUCACCCUCCGGGAACAGCAAUACUGCAUAUUAAGUUUACAGAUGAUCCAACUCUUGCAAUUUGCAACGACAGCGGAGGCUCUGUUUUUGAAUUGACAUUCAAGAGAGUGAUGGGAGUGAGAACAUGUGAAUCUAGAUGCCUGUUCAGUGGUUCCAAGGGUGAAGUUUGCUGUAUUGAGCCUCUCCAUUCUAAGCCUGAAUUGAAAGAUCAUCCCAUCACACAGUUUUCCUUAUUGGCCAUGGCAUCCUUAACAAAGAUACUAGUCAUCGGAUUGAAGCCAUCCUUAAAAGUGUGGAUGACUUUUCCUUAUGGACGGAUGGAUCCUUCCAGUGUUCCACUGCUGGCCUGGCACUUUGUGGCAGUGCAUAAUUACGUGAAUCCCAUGCUUGCCUUCUGCAGAGGAGAUGUUGUUCAUUUUCUACUGGUUAAGAGAGACGAUUCUGGAGCAAUACAUGUUACUAAGCAGAAGCAUCUUCACCUAUACUAUGACCUCAUCAACUUUACUUGGAUAAACUCACGCACAGUUGUGCUCUUGGACAGUGUAGAGAAGUUGCAUGUGAUUGAUCGGCAAACUCAAGAGGAAUUGGAAACAGUGGAGAUCUCAGAAGUUCAGUUGGUCUAUAACAGCAGCCAUUUCAAAUCUCUAGCCACUGGAGGAAACGUGAGCCAGGCGCUGGCUUUGGUUGGAGAGAAGGCUUGUUAUCAAUCCAUCAGUAGCUAUGGUGGUCAGAUCUUUUAUUUGGGGACAAAAUCUGUUUAUGUGAUGAUGCUGAGGAGCUGGAGAGAGAGAGUGGAUCACCUCCUGAAACAAGACUGUCUUACAGAAGCCUUGGCUCUUGCAUGGUCUUUCCAUGAAGGAAAAGCAAAAGCAGUAGUGGGAUUGUCAGGGGAUGCCAGUAAGCGAAAGGCUGUUGUUGCAGAUCGGAUGGUAGAAAUCCUAUUCCAUUAUGCAGACCGAGCUCUAAAAAAGUGCCCAGACCAGGGAAAAAUCCAAGUGAUGGAGCAGCAUUUUCAGGAUAUGGUGCCCGUCAUAGUCGAUUACUGCCUUCUGCUACAGCGAAAGGAUCUUUUAUUUAGCCAGGUGUAUGACAAAUUAAGUGAGAAUUCAGUGGCCAAAGGAGUGUUUUUGGAGUGCCUUGAACCAUAUAUUUUAAGUGAUAAAUUGGUGGGGAUCACACCCCAGGUAAUGAAAGACUUGAUUGUUCAUUUCCAAGAUAAAAAGUUAAUGGAACAUGUGGAAGCCCUCAUUGUGCAUAUGGAUAUCACCAGCCUAGAUAUUCAGCAGAUAGUUCUCAUGUGUUGGGAAAAUCGGCUGUAUGAUGCUAUGAUCUAUGUCUACAACAGAGGCAUGAAUGAAUUUAUUAGUCCAAUGGAGAAACUUUUCAGAGUCAUUGCACCUCCUUUGAAUGCAGGAAAGACGCUAACAGAUGAGCAAGUUGUUAUGGGCAACAAGCUUCUUGUAUAUAUUAGCUGUUGUCUAGCAGGUCGUGCCUAUCCCCUUGGUGACAUCCCUGAAGAUCUUGUUCCUUUGGUUAAAAACCAGGUUUUUGAAUUUCUAAUUCGCCUGCAUUCAACAGAAGCUCCCCCUGAGGAAGAAAUCUAUCCCUAUAUUCGGACUUUGCUACAUUUUGACACUAGAGAAUUUCUAAAUGUAUUGGCACUGACUUUUGAAGAUUUUAAAAAUGACAAGCAAGCUGUAGAAUAUCAACAACGUAUUGUGGAUAUUUUGUUGAAAGUUAUGGUGGAGAACUCAGAUUUUACUCCCUCACAAGUAGGGUGUCUGUUUACUUUCCUUGCCCGGCAGCUUGCAAAGCCUGACAAUACCUUAUUUGUAAACAGAACCCUUUUUGAUCAGGUCCUUGAAUUCCUCUGUAGUCCUGAUGAUGACUCCCGACACUCUGAAAGACAGCAGGUCCUUUUAGAAUUGCUGCAAGCUGGAGGCAUAGUUCAAUUUGAAGAGAGUCGGCUCAUCCGUAUGGCAGAAAAGGCAGAAUUCUAUCAAAUUUGUGAAUUUAUGUAUGAACGAGAACACCAAUAUGACAAAAUUAUUGACUGCUACUUACGUGACCCACUGCGAGAGGAAGAAGUCUUUAACUACAUCCACAAUAUCUUAUCCAUUCCUGGACACAGUGCAGAGGAGAAGCAGGCUGUAUGGCAGAAAGCAAUGGAUCAUAUUGAGGAACUUGUGUCCCUGAAGCCCUGUAAAGCUGCAGAGCUGGUUGCUACUCACUUUUCUGAACAGAUUGAAAUAGUCAUUAAAAAGCUUCAGAACCAGGUUUUGCUUUUCAAAUUUUUGAGGAGUCUUCUUGACCCAAGGGAAGGUAUUCAUGUAAAUCAAGAGUUGCUGCAGAUAUCUCCCUGUAUUACAGAGCAGUUCAUUGAGCUAUUGUGUCAGUUCAGCCCAAACCAGGUUAUAGAGACGCUACAGGUCCUUGAGUGCUACCGUCUAGAAGAAACUAUUCAGAUUACCCAGAAGUAUCAGCUUCAUGAAGUCACUGCUUAUUUAUUAGAAAAGAAAGGAGAUAUUCAUGGUGCCUUCUUAAUAAUGCUAAAGAAACUACAAAGCAAACUUCAAGAGAUAACACAUCAAGAUGAAAAUACCAAAGAGGAUCCCUCAUUGAAGGAUGUUGAAGAGACCUUGGUAGAGACAAUUGCCCUUUGCCAGAGAAAUUCACAUAAUUUGAAUCAGCAGCAGAGAGAGGCGCUCUGGUUUCCUUUAUUGGAGGCAAUGAUGGCCCCUCAGAAGCUGUCUAGUUCAGCUGCACCUCAUCUACACUCUGAAGCUCUGAAAUCUUUGACCAUGCAAGUUCUAAACAGCAUGGCAGCAUUUAUUGCCCUCCCAUCAAUCUUGCAAAGAAUCUUACAGGACCCAGUUUAUGGAAAAGGAAAACUUGGAGAAAUCCAGGGACUUAUUCUGGGAAUGUUAGAUACCUUUAACUAUGAACAGACCCUGCUGGAAACAACGACUAGCCUUCUAAACCAAGAUCUCCAUUGGUCACUGUGUAACCUGAGAGCUUCAGUCACCAGAGGACUGAAUCCCAAGCAGGAUUACUGCUCUAUUUGUUUGCAGCAGUACAAGAGACGCCAAGAAAUGGCUGAUGAAAUUAUUGUCUUUAGCUGUGGCCAUUUGUAUCACUCAUUCUGUCUGCAAAGCAAAGAGUGCACCGUCGAAAUUGAGGGGCAAACAAGAUGGACAUGCUACAAAUGCAGCUCAAGUAGCAAAGCAGGAAAGCUGAGUGAAAAUUCAUCUGAAGUUAAAAAGGGAAGAAUAACCCCAUCACAGGUAAAAAUGUCCCCAUCCUAUCAUCCAUCCAGAGGGGAUCUUGCUGUUAAGAAGGCAACCUCAGAACCUGUUCUGGAUCCACAACAAAUCCAAGCAUUUGAUCAGCUUUGCCAUCUCUACCGAGGAGGUUCCAGGCUGGCUCUCCUUACGGAACUCUCCCAGAAUCGCAGCAGUGAGAGCUACAGGCCGUUCGGCAGCUCCCAGAGUGGCCCUGCCUUCAACAGCAUCUUCCAGAAGGAGAACUUCCAGCUGCAGCUCAUUCCGCCGCCUGUGACCGAGGACUGAAGACUCUCGGCCCUGGUGCCCCGAGAUGAUCCCAGCAGGUGGGAAGGGUACCCCCGCUGCCCCCAGGCUCCUGAGUGAGGCCCGAGGGCGGCUCCACGCACGCCCGCCCGCCCGCCCCAGGAGACUCCAGCUCUUCCUGAUGUUGCCGCUACAUCAGCACCAGACAGGCUGAUUUUGUUUUGCUUAUUGAGCAAAUGAAUGCCACAUACCUCCAUUCAGUUAUUUAAGAAAAUGCAUUUUGCCUGUUGGGACUUUCUGCUGUUUCCCCCAAGCGUGGGGAAGAGGCGGAGCUCCCGCAGAUGGCAUUUCAAGUCCGCCACAGCCCAUCUCCUCCAGCUGCUGGACACCACAGAGGCCCAUCACCUCCUGCUGCCGUCGCAACAGGGAGCAGCACAGUUGGGAAGCGGGGUUGCCAGGCGGCAGCUCAGUGGAAACCUGCGUUGGUGGGGGGGGGGGGAGGGUCUGCCGGGGCGGGGCACCUCCCUUUCCGUGUGUUUGUGCUGAAACCCGUUUGAGUGUAAGAUCUGCCAUUUCUAACAAUAAAUGCCUCCCAUUUAAGCCGUGCAGGCCUGCUGGC